CUACUAAUGUUUAUGUGAUGCUUUAAAUUUGAAGUUCGUGAUUAUAAAAUAUUUUUGAAUCGCCCAAAGGUUGAUUGCUCGUUUUAUAAUUCAUGAACAUUAUCGUGGUAAAUUGAUGUGUUUGGUUAGAUAUAUUUAGUAUAUUCAAAGAUUGCAAGUAUAUCUAAUUUGAGUAUGUUUAUCACCAAUUAUAUGAAAUUAUUUUGAGCAUAAAUUACGAUUAUUUAUCGCAUAUAUAUUGUUGUUUUGCCCAAAGGUAGCACCAAUAUAUAUUUUAUAUUUAUGCUUCUGAAUCUGUAUUAUAGUUUAUGCUUAUUACUCAAGGCAUUAAUGUGUGAGUACAUGUUAUAUAUGUUUGCAACAUCUGUUUUUGUUUCCCUUCAUUCGCAAGCCACGUCUGUUGUGAAGUUUAAUGGCCUCAACUUCUCUGAAUGGGCUGAACAAGUUCAGUUUCAUCUUGGUGUUCUGGAUCUUGAUUUGGCACUCUUAAGUGAGAAACCUGUUGCUCUUACUAAUGUUAGCAGUGCUGAGGAAAAGUCUUUCCAUAAAGCUUGGGAAAGAUCUAAUAGAAUGAGGCUAAUGUUUAUGCGAAUGACUGUAGCAAACAACAUUAAGUCAACUUUCAAUGAUAUUGAAAGUGCUAAGGAAUUUAUGAAUUCCGUGAAUGAAAGCUCUCAAUUUGAGUCUGCUGAUAAGUCGCUUGUUGGGACACUGAUGGGUACGCUAACCACCACGAAGUUUGAUGGUUCUCGUACCAUGCAUGAGCAUAUCGUCAAAAUGACGAAUAUUGCAGCAAGACUAAAGACCAUGUGAAUGGAAGUGAAUGAAUAUUUCCUAGUAAUGUUCAUCCUUAAUUCCUUGCCUCUAGAGUGUGGCACAUUUCAUGUGCAUUACAAUACUCUAAAGGAUAAAUGGAAUAUGCAUGAAUUACAAAGCAUGCUCAUUCAAGAGGAAGAAAGGCUUAAGAAACCAGGAAAUCAUUCUGCCAAUCUUGUUGGUUAUAAAGGAGUUGGAAAGAAACCAUGGAACAAAAAUGGGAAGGGCAAGGAAGGACUAUCAAAGGUGAAUGAGUCUUCUGCCAAAAUUCACAAGAAGGAACCAACUAAGGAUAUAUGCCACGUCUGUAAGAAAGCCGGACAUUAUCAGAAAGAUUGCUUGAAACGAAAGGCAGGGUUCGAAAGAAAGGGUAAGCCUAGUGUUUCAGUAUGUUUCGAAUCAAAUUUAAUUGAGGUUCCUUAUAAUACUUGGUGGAUUGACACUGGUUGUACCAUUCAUGUUUCCAAAACGAUGCAGGGAUUCCUUACGACUAGGGCUGCAAAUGAGCCAAGCUGCUCGCGAGCAACUCGGCGUUCGAAUCGGAAAAAACUCGUUCGACACUCGACUCGUUGUUUAACAAGCCAACUCGCGAGCCGACUCGUUAGUAAACGAGCCAAGCUUGAGCUAGGCCAUGCUCGGCUUGAUAAGCUCGUGAGCUAGCUUGACUCGGUGGCUUGUUGAGCUAAGCUCGUGAGCUGGCUUGUUUAAAGCUUGUGGAAGGAUUAAUUACUCUUCUGAACAUGAAAAUUAUCUUUUUAAUAAGGAUGUGUAUGGAAGUUACAUGUUAUUUUUAGUUUCUAGUGUUCUUUUUAUUAUUUUUAAUUUCUAAUGUUCUUAUUUGUACACAUUUUUCAGCAAGAAUGGUUUCAAAUCGAGCUUAUCUUGAGCCGAGCUUGUACUCAGCUUGACAAGCUGUGUUAAUGACCAUUUACCGAGCUCUGUCGAGCCGAGCUCGAGCUGGAUUAUUUUUAAUCGAGUCGAGCUCGAGCUCGAGCUGGAUAAUCAAAAUUCGAGUUCGAGCCGAGCUCGAGCUAAAAAAUUUAUAAACGAGCCGAGCUCAAGCUAAGCAAAAACUCGACUCGACUCGGCUCGUUUGCAACCCUACUUACGACCCAAACCAUAAGGCAAAAUGAGAAGUUCAUCUAUAUGGGAAACUGAGCCAAAGUUUCAGUUGAAGCUAUUGGGACUUAUCGUUUGGUUUUAGAUACCGGUCAUCAUAUGGACCUUGUCAAUAUCCUUUAUGCUCCUUCUAUUUCUCGUAAUUUGAUUUCGGUGUCUCAACUAGAUAAAGCUGGGUAUUUUUGGAACAUUGGAAAUGGUUCUAUUAGUUUGUUCAAACAUAAUAUUUUAUUGGGAUCUGUUACCCUUAUUGAUGAUUUGUACAAACUAAAACUUGAUACCCCAUUUGUCGAGUCUCUCUUAACCUUGCAUCAUAAUAUUGGUAUUAAGUGUGGUUUGUUUGAUGAAUCCUCUGCUUACUUGUGGCAUAAAUGUUUGGGUCACAUAUCCAAAGAAAGAAUGGAAAGACUAGUAAAGAAUGAAAUCCUUCUCCAUUUGGACUUUACUGACCUUGGAAUUUGUGUUGAGUGUAUUAAGGGGAAACACACGAAACACACACUUAAGAAAGCAGCCACAAGAAGCUCACAACUCUUGAAAUUAUACACAUUGAUAUUUGCGGGCCUUUUGAUGUUCCAUCUCUUGGUGGAGAAAAGUAUUUCAUUACCUUUAUCGAUGAUUUUUCACGUUAUGGAUAUAUCUAUUUGCUACUUGAAAAAUCUCAGUAGGUAGAUACUCUUGAGGUGCUUAUCAAUGAAGUUGAGAGGCAAUUAGAAAGAAAUGUGAAAAUUGUCA